UCAAACACAUGCUUUACUAUAUAUUCAUAUAUUGCUCGCUCUCAAAGCUAGGAUUCGAACCUAUUCCCAUCAAGGCAUCCGUUUAACUUCGAAUCGAUUUGAUUUCCACUAGAAAUGGACACACUCUUAUCUGUAGUUGCCAGUGACAUUAUCAGCCGCCUCAUCUCCUCCCUCAUCACGAAGUACAGCAACCAAAGCACCGCCGAUCAUAAGCUUGAGCGUCUGCAAUGGCUGCUCCUCAGAGCAAGAACCAUCGUCGAGGAAGCCCAUGGCCGGCAGAUCUCCAACCAAGGUAUGCUCCUACAGCUCAGGCAGCUAAUGCAGAGCAUGUACCAAGGCUACUACAUUCUCAACGCCUUCCAAGAACAGCACAUCACCGGUAAACGAAGGCGAUCAUCAUCAUCCCUCAAACUGAAGAAGCUUCAGGCUGCCAUGGAGGAUUUGGAAUCUGCCAUCGAUGACUCGAAGAAGGAGUUUGUUGUGUUCUUGCUAGGCUGCCCAUGCUUGCCUCAGCGACCAUACGACACUCACCUGUUCAGGGAGAAGUGCAUGUUUGGUCGGCACGAAGAGAAAGAGCUGAUCCGUGAAUUUCUGCUUCAACCUUGUGAUUCUCCUUUGCGUGUUCUUCCAAUCAUCCGCCCCCGAGAAGUCGGGAAGAACACGCUGAUCGAGCACGUCUGCAACGAGGAGAGCGUGCACGAGCAUUUCUCACGGGUUGUUCGUUUCAAGAGCGAUGAUUUGAACAAUGAAGAGAAUCAAGAAAGUUUCUUCAAGACAAGUGAGCUGGUUGCUUCUAGUACCAUGUCUCUGGUUGUCGUUGAGCUUGUCAACGACGAUAUCAGUGACGAGACAUGGAGAGGAUUCUGCUCAUCCAUUGCAAAUGGUUGCAGCAAAAUGAUAGUCAUCAGUAGAUCGGAGACGAUCUCAAGGUUAGGGACAACACAAGCACUCAAGCUCAAGAGGCUCAAACGCCACGAGUUCUGGUACUUCUUCCGAACCAUUGCCUUUGGAACUGCAGAUCCGGAAGAACAUCCAGAGCUACUGCGUAUCGCCAGGAGGAUUGCAACAACAGAUCAAAGGUGCUUCCAUUGCUGCUAACAUAUUUGCAAGAUUGCUACGAGCUAACCUGAAUGUAAAGUUUUGGAGUUACACAUGGAGGUUCAUCAAGAAAGCAGUGGAACUUCAGCUUCUUGCCUGUGGUGGGAGUUGGGACAUUGUUAGCAAUAGCCGCCACUACUAUCUGUCUGGUCACAGUGAUGGCCCUCUCCAUCUGUGCAAUGAUGGGUACAAAACUGUUGCAGCUGGUUGUUUGGUGAAUGAUGAACUACCAAGAAUAAUAGCAGAUGACAUGCUGAUCAGAACCAAUGCCUUUUCUGAAGGCAGUUUUGAUAUCCUACGAUGGAAGUCUCCAAUACGCCCCUAUUAUUGCUACAUAGCAAACUGUGUUGUUAAGAAGGCUCCACAGAUUGUGCAGCCUAAAGAUAAAUCUCUGAAGAGGAGGAGAGGAAUAUGAAAGUUUAGUGUCACUCUAUGUACACAACAAUUUCUGUAUUUGGUGUUGACUAUAGUGAUGUUAGCUUGGUUAUUUGUA